UCUCUGGUUCAUUUCAUGUCCGAUACUCGUGUGAGAGGAUGGCUCCUGCUGGAUUCCUACACACCAACAUUCUUGCUCACCAUUACCUACCUCCUAACAAUCUACCUGGGAACAAAAUAUAUGAGAAACAGACCAGCAUACUCACUGAAAAAUGUUUUACUGCUGUACAACUUUUCUGUUACUAUGUUGUCUUUCUACAUGCUGGUUGAAUUGAUGUCAUCAGUUUGGUCUGCUGGUUAUCGUCUUCAGUGUCAGGGCCUAUAUGAAGCUGGUGAAGCAGAUAUCAGGGUAGCAAAAGUACUAUGGUGGUACUAUUUCUCCAAGCUGAUUGAAUUUCUGGACACCAUCUUCAUUGUGCUGAGGAAGAAAAAUAACCAGAUCAGUUUCCUGCAUGUAUAUCAUCAUGCCUCUAUGUUUAACAUCUGGUGGUGUGUCCUCAACUGGAUACCCUGUGGACAGAGUUUCUUUGGGCCAAUGCUAAACAGUUUCAUCCAUAUCCUCAUGUAUUCUUACUAUGGUUUAUCAACCAUUCCAUCCAUGCACAAAUAUCUGUGGUGGAAACGCUACCUCACGCAGGCUCAGCUGGUUCAGUUUUUAUUGACCAUUACACACACAGUCAGCGCAUGGGUCGUUCCUUGUGGCUUCCCUCUGGGUUGUUUGAAAUUUCAAACCUUCUACAUGUGCACACUUGUCAUCCUGUUUGCCAACUUCUACAUGCAGACAUACAGAAAGAGGAGGCUGGAGGGUGACAGAACUGCUAAGGUUGGAGAUCUUAACAGCCAUUCAAAUGGCCUUUCAUCCUCUCUCAAUGGAGCCAACUCCAAAAAGAAGCUGCAGUGAUACCACAAUAUGGCCAUAGAAAAUGCUCUUCUCAAUUCACUUAUGCUGAAUACUAAGCAGCCAUAAUCAUCUAAUAAAUCAAAAUGCAAUUUUAUAAAUUAGAAGAUAACUUUUUAAAACUGUUUUGUAUCUUUGUUUUGCAUAUGUUGAAUUCAAUGUAAAUGCUGAACAAUAAUUGUAGAAAAACAUUUGUAGAACUCUGAUUCAAAAUAAACGAGUACAGUA